CUAUGGCGUCUGUCCGUCGAGAAGGAUGAGUGCGAAGGGGCCAAAUGACCGCCGGGCCAGCCAUGCCGAGCGCCGGUACCUGACCGGGAAGGGGUCGCCUGGGUUGCCCACCGGCUGCUCCGUAGUCCCCAGACUGACAUUCACUGCCGCAGCACACGGACAGAAGGGCCUGCUUGCACGAGACGCCGUUGGCUUUGCCCUUGCCCUCCCUCCGCUCACCGGUCUGACGGUCGUCAGGACCGAUGAUGAGGCAGAUCGAUGCGAUGAACGGGUCGUCGAAGGCCGUCAGCAGGUGGACCUGACACGCAAUCCCACCGGGCCCCUCCUCCGUCAUGACGGCUGUACAUCCCUCCAGAGAUGUGCGGGGCGACCGCGUCAGCAGGCCGUCCAAAUAACCGCCCCUCGCCCCACUGCAUACACACACGCACACAUACAUGGAAACAAGGACGGAGAACACUCUGCUUCUCCCAUGUAUGACGCUACGUCCCGUUCCCCCACACGACGUACCGAUCGAUGUUGAUCUCCGUGGCGUGGAUAUCGACGCCACCGCUCGUGUAGUGGCGGGUAAUCAUGGCCACGAUGAAGGCGCUCAGCGAUGCGGAGGUGAAUUCACCCCCGCCUGCCACCCACUCUCCGUCCUCCUCGGCGUCAUACGCGAUGGUCGAUCGGACGGGCGGGUCGUCGUGCUUCAUGUGCUGUUGGAACGGGUGCUGCUGGAAGGGAUGCACGUGAUCGGUGGGGAGGGGUGGGUUGAGGGUGAGGGCGAACUCGUGCUCGUCGCGGAUGGCGCGGAUCUCAUUGCUGGCGGGAUCGUGGAACAGCUCGAAGGUGCCGUCCUGCUGGCCAUCAGCGCGGCAAAAGACCACGUGCCGACCGACAAUCAACCACUGGGCUGCCACACGGGGCAUCGACAAGUAGGCCUGACACACACACAGAUGCAGACGCAUGGCAGAUGAUGCACCCUAUUCUCCCCCUCUUGUGUGAGAUGCUCACCAU